AGUUUUUCUCGAAGCUCUUCUCGUUCGUGUCGUUCCCCAUCAAUUCGAAAUCUAUUUGCUUCCAACUAUCUGCAUCUUUGAAAGGCUUGAAAUUCAUGCUGCUGUGGUUGUGGAAAGUCGUUGAGGCGUGCUUGUCGUAUUUAGUAUCUCACGUUGCGAAUUCUAAACUUAAUAUGGACCCCGACGAGAGGCUAUGUGCAGAAACGUGGGCAAAGUCUUCAUCGGGUCAUGAAUCACUCAACACGGAUACAAAUAACCGAACGUUCACAGAUUUUGAUAGACACCACCCGAAGUGGGAAGAAUCCUCGUUCAAUGGCUGCGUUGUAAGGACUUCAGGCCAACAAUUUUCUGGUUUCGAAGGGUCAUUUGCGUCUGACGUUGAUAGCCAGAGGCAAAAGAAGGAUCUUCAUGGUAAGCAGAUACCCGAGGCUCAUGGGUCGGGUAAUAUGCAGAAUUGGGAUCCGAGCGCCAUGCUGAACAAUCUCUCAUUUUUGGAGAAGAAGAUUCAUCAGCUGCAGGAUUUGGUCCAGUUAGUUGUCGGGCGCAGAGGCCAAGCUAUGAACCAAGCUGACGAGAUCUUGGUUCAGCAACAGCAGCUUAUCACGGCUGAUCUCACCUCGAUUAUAGUUCAGCUGAUAUCCACCGCAGGGAGCCUUCUCCCGUCUUUGAAGAACUCCGAGAGUUUGGCAAGCCAGCUCGGCCAAUUUGGUGGGAUCACGACUGACAAUGUUGUCCAUAACAAGAUGGAGGAACGCCAUGAUCCAACGGGCGUUUCUGAGGAUCAUGAAAUGAAGAGCGAUGACGAUGCUGAGGAAGGAGAGAAUCUCCCUCCUGGCUCGUAUGAAAUCCUGCAGCUCGAGAAGGAGGAGAUUCUUGCGCCUCACACCCAUUUCUGCACGAUCUGCGGGAAGGGGUUCAAGAGAGACGCCAAUCUACGGAUGCACAUGAGAGGCCAUGGAGACGAGUACAAGACUCCGGCAGCCCUAGCCAAGCCCCAUAAGGAAUCGAGCUCGGAUCCGAUCUUCAUCAAGAGGUACUCCUGCCCUUACGUCGGCUGCAAGCGCAACAAGGAUCACAAGAAGUUUCAGCCUCUUAAGACGAUCUUGUGCGUGAAGAACCACUACAAGAGAACCCACUGCGACAAGAACUACACCUGCAGCCGCUGCCAUGCGAAGAAAUUCUCGGUCAUUGCAGAUCUGAAAACGCACGAGAAGCAUUGUGGGAGAGACAAGUGGCUUUGCUCGUGUGGCACGACCUUCUCUAGGAAGGAUAAGCUCUUCGGCCACAUUGCCCUCUUUCAAGGCCACACCCCGGCCAUCCCUCACGAAGGAGCCGGACCGUCUGAUCAAGGGCAAAGCAAGAGUGAAGCAACAAAUAAAGUCGAGCAACUGGACUUCAACUCGUGUCAAGGUUUAAUGGAGGUAGAAAGGUCCCGAGACGACCCAUCAAACUAUUUCUCGCCUUUGGGUUUUGACACGAGUAGUAUGGCCGGAUUUCAAGAAUUCCCCCGACCUCUAUUUGAGGAUGCAGAGAGCUCCUUCUCGUUCUUUCUCUCUGGUUCUGGCAACUACUCUCCGAAGAAUGGAAGGUACGCUGCUCCAAACGAUCUUGAAUGAGCCGUUCUCAUUCUCGGUUAACGUAGCUUUAAGUACUGUGUAUCAAUGUGUUAUUUCUUUGACAUCAAAUAAAUCUUUCUGUAGAAUUAUUUCCAUGGUGAUCUACCAAUUCUGCUCUUUUCAUCAAUGAGAAAAGCAUUUAAAUUCAUAA